GGGAACGCCAUUCUUCCACUCCAUGGUAGCAAGGGCGCAAUCUUCUGACUCUGAAAUAUGCAUCCUUGUCGACGCCGACGUCGUUCUGCUGCCUGAAACUGUCACCUUACUGUCGAAUUUCAGCAGAAUUGACCGUGAUUGGCUUCUCAUUUCAAUGGCACGCAACAACUCCAAAUUUCCCAACCUGUUCUAUUUGCUGACGGUACAUUCUUCUCAUAAAUUCCAUAAGUUGCAGGAGAUUCCGGCAGACAACUGGGCAGCAGAUAGCGGCGACAGGGGGCUCAUCAUGGCGUGGAACAAUCCGAGGAAUCCGUUACUUGAAGGCGUUCUGCCUUCUUUUCUUUAUGGAAGAGGAGCAUACAGCUCGUGGAUGGCUCAUGAGGUUCUAUCAUCUGAAAUGAGACUCAUGUUUGAUGCAAGCAAACUAGCUCUUGGAUUAUAUCCAGAAGAUUUCAGCGCAAAGCGCGGUUCUAGUGACAGUGGAACAUUACUUGACGGAUCAUGGGAGUAUGGUGUCAAUCGCCAUCUCGCUGCCGUUUACGGGUCGUAUUGUUAUCGCUCGCUACGAAGACAUCAUUCUCCCAUGCUGUAUGAAGUGGUAAAGCAUUCUGAAGAUUACUUGUUGCGCAAAGUUGAAGAGCCAACCUUCUCAAAUUUUGUCAUAGGCAAAGAACACAUUGUCCAUGCAGAGGGUGACAGCCUGCGGAAGAAAGAAAGCAUUUGCUUGCCUGGCCAUCUACUGAACUAUUCUUCAGAAAAUCCAGACGCAGCUGGUGUUCCAUAUUCAUUAGGAAUGCUCCUACAGUUUGUAGCUGAUCAGAAUAGGUCUGUUGUUCUUGGUGUUGCUGGGGCAAGUUACAGGGACAUGCUUAUGAGUUGGGUGUGCCGUUUGCGCCAUCUUGGAGUCACAAAUUUUGUAGUAUGUGCUCUAGACCAAGAGACAUAUGAAUUCUCCAUUUUGCAGGGUUUGCCAGUUUUCAGAGAUCCAUUGCCACCAAAGAAUGUCAGCUUCGAUGAUUGUCACUUUGGAACCCAGUGUUUUAAGCGAGUCACGAAAGUGAAAUCACGGAUUGUUCUGGAGAUUUUAAGGAUGGGAUACAAUGUGCUGUUGAGUGAUGUCGAUAUCUAUUGGUUUCAUAAUCCACUACAGUUCCUGCAUUCUCUUGGACCUGCAACAUUUGCAGCACAAACAGAUGAAUACAAUGAGACGGGACCAAUAAACCUGCCACGCCGACUAAACUCAGGUUUCUACUACGCCCGGUCAGACCACGCCACCAUCACCGCAAUGGAGAUGGUAGUGAAACACGCGACCAAAUCGAACUCGUCGGAGCAGCCAAGCUUCUUUGACAUCCUAUGUGGAAAGGAGGGUGUGAACCGCCUUGGCGACGACAGAUGCCUGGAACCCAGGACAAACCUCACCAUCAUGUUCCUGAACCGGGACCUGUUCCCGAACGGAGCUUACCGGGGACUCUGGGAGAGGCGUGACGUGCGCUCAGCUUGCAAGGAGCUCGGGUGCUUUGUCAUCCACAAUAACUGGGUGAAUGGGAGGAAGAAGAAGCUCCUGCGCCAGAUGGCGUCUGGGCUGUGGGACUAUGAUCCUGGCUCGAGGAUGUGCUUGCACAGCUGGUUGAUGCAGGUAGCAUCAGAGUGAUGGAGAAGUUUCAUAUGUCUGACGACAUUGACAGUUAGUACCUGACACUUCAGAAUUGAAAAGUAGCUUCUUGUCAUGCUAAUUUUGAAGAUGAUGUUCAAAGAUUGCAUGUUUUGUUUAUUUCUUUUAACACGAUGGAUGAUUUCUUGCCGAUAUAUAAUGUCAUGCACAGAAAACAAACAGAUCCCCACCGUUCAGAGUUCAGACAUGAGUCACGAAACAUUAUCUGUAAUUGCAAAAUAAGUUCACUCUGAACCAAGUUUGCUAUGUUGAAUAGCAUGUUUAGUUACACGAUUGUGGAGACAGCCUAUAUGUUUCCAAGCGUUGAGAAGGAAAAGAAAGAAAAACUCAUUUAUCUUGGCGGUUCAAACA